AUGACAGAGCGAAGAGCGAGGAGCGAAGAGCCAGAGCGAAAGGCAGGAGCGAAAGCCAGAGCGAAAGAGAGAGGCCAAAGAGGCCAGGAGCGAAGAGGCCAGGAGCGAAGGCCAGGACCGAGGCCAGGAGCGAGGAGGCCAGAGCGAGAGGCCAGGAGCGAGAGGCCAGUGAGCGCCGAGGCCAGGAGUCAAAGGCCAAGGAGCGCAGAGGCCAGAGCAUUUUCCCAAUACGAAAAAAGCAGACGAAAGGCCAAAUUUAAAGGGAGAAAAGGAAAGAGCAAGGUGAAGGAGCAGAAAAGGGCCGAAGGGAAACAGGGAGGGCAAGAGCCAGCGAGGCAAGAGGCCAGAGGCAAGGCCAGAGAACCAGAGGCCAGGGGAAGAGGCCAGGAGGAAGGGAGGGAGGGAGGAAUAGCCAAUCUAACCAGAAAAAGGGGCCCCUUUGAGCCAUAG